AUGCCCAGGUUGGAGAACUGCGCCUGGAGCCGUUCCUGCGCUGCCAGGGGAAGGCACAAAACGCAGCUGGGGGACACGGCCGCGGGGCUGGCCGCCAAGGUGGGCGAGAUGCUGAGCUCCUCCGUCUCCAGCCCCUCGCUGCCGCUGGUGGGCCACGGAGCGCGCAGCCCCGGCGCCGCCGGCACCGCCGGCACCUUGAACUUGAGCCAGCACCUGGUGCAGCGCAGCCUGGUCCUCUUCGUGGUCGGGGCGUUCAUGGCCCUGGUGCUGAACUUGCUGCUCUUCCCCUCCGCCUGGUGGGGGCCGCCGUGCUGCGGGACAGCUGCAGCUGUCGUUGGCCUGCUGUAUCCCUGCAUUGACAGCCACCUUGGGGAACCACACAAAUUCAAGAGAGAGUGGGCCAGUGUAAUGCGAUGUAUAGCUGUUUUCGUUGGCAUUAAUCAUGCAAGUGCUAAACUAGAUUUUGCAAACAACGUCCAGCUGUCCCUGACUCUAGCAGCUUUAUCACUGGGUCUUUGGUGGACAUUUGACCGUUCAAGAAGUGGUCUUGGACUUGGAAUUACAAUAGCCUUUGUAGCAACUCUGAUAACCCAGUUUCUUGUAUAUAAUGGUGUUUAUCAGUAUACAUCCCCAGAUUUCCUUUACAUCCGUUCUUGGCUUCCAUGUAUAUUUUUCUCAGGAGGUGUGACUGUAGGAAACAUAGGACGCCAACUGGCUAUGGGUAUUCCAGAGAAACCACACAAUGACUAAACCUUUGAAGAAGAGAGCACAGUGCCAGUGUGAAAGCAACAUUACGAAGAUGUGUUCCUGUUUUAAAUUGAAGAUUAUUUAGAAAAAAUAAUCUCUUUAUGGGCUCACUGCACAAAUGACUUGUGGAAAAAAAUAUUAAUCCACUCUUAGAAUAGCCAAGUGAAAUUAACUGCUUAUCUUGAAAUCUUACCCUGAUUUACCGCAUAAGCAUUUGCGUAUGGCUGUUCUCUGGAAGAGUUUAACACCAAGUUGCAUACAACUGUUCAGGCUAAGUGGCAGUUUUCCAAGUAUUAGAUUCCAAAGUAAGUUAUUGAAGCAGCUGCCGUAUUUUAAAGCCUUGAAACUGAAAUUUAAUUACAAGCUCUUGUAUCAGUGCCCAAAGGAAGUAGAUCGAUGGUGCUUAACAAUGAUGAAGUAUGGUUUAAUAGGAAUAGUAUUUAUCCAAAUCUUUAAAAAAUAGGGUUAUUUAAAAAUAAGAGUGAUCGAAACAGAUUAAAGGCAUUGCACUAAUGCUUUUAGGAGUCUUAUGAAGGAGUUAUGCCCUUACUUGUAAUGCUGCAUUAAGUUUCUGUCUUUGACAGUAGAGAGGGUUGGAGGGAUGAAAGGUUGGAAGUCACUUAGUUUGGAAUUUCUAAAUUACUUCAGUACAAUAGGUGAACACUGGAGACAAUCUUGUUCUAACGUGAACUUUAUCAGGAAAUUCUGACUGGAAAUUUCAUUACUUCUGAAGCUUGCAGUCAGAUUUGCAAGAAUCAAAUUCUGGCCCCAAUUCAGUAAGAAAUUUAAGCGUAUGUGAGUACUCCUGCUUAAUAUUAGAUGUAUGCUUCA